CGACCUGCUUCUCUCGGUCUCUCCCCAUUUCCAUCGUAACAUUUCUCUUUCUCUCUCUCUCCCCAACGACCCUCGACAAAGCUCGGAGCCAUGGCUACUCUAGCGGCGGCUGCAGCUCGUCAAGCCGCGACUCUAACCCGGCUCUCCUCUCCCAAAACAUCGGCUCAAGCCGCCAGUCUCAUUCACCGGCGCGGCCUUGCCGGUGCCGCUGAUCACCAUGGUCCACCAAGGAUUAAUUUUUGGCAAGACCCAAUGAGCCCAUCUAAGUGGAAGGAAGAGCAUUUUGUAAUUGUCUCUCUGUCAGGCUGGGGCCUACUGAUCUUUGGGAGCUACAAAUUCUUUACAAAGGGCAAGGGCAAGAAGGAAGAGAAUCUGGUUGAAGCAUCACACUGAGGUUUGGAGCUUUUAACCACAGAAUUUUCCUUGUAAUAAGUUGUGGGCUUGGAUUUCACAUAUUUUGGUGUAUCAUUUUGUUGGUUGAGAAACAAUUCUGUUGGCUAGUUAUGAUCAAUCCAUGGAGAAUAAUCCUGUGAUAAAAGUUGGAGGUUAAUUGCUUUUGCUGGAAGACAACCAGCCCUUUUUCA